AUGAAUAUUGCCAAGUAUAUUAUUUCUUGGGUUAGUACAUAUAUAGGUGGGAUCAUAAAGCGCUGGAACAAAUAUUCCAUCUCUGUAAGUAUUUUAAGAGGUUGUAUUGAGCUAAGGAAUAUAGAACUGAAUGACGACACCACAACAUUUUUUAGAGCAUUAUUUUCUUUAGAAAGGGCCACUAUAGGACAUGUACGGCUAACUGUUCCCUGGACAGCGCUAUAUUCACGCUCAUGUGAACUAUGUUUUGAGGAUGUUGUGCUUCUUUUUAAAGACUAUUCUCAAGAGGAAGUUGUUGAUAAUAAAGGUAACCUGCUUGAUGGGAAGCAAAACAUAGUUGAUUUUCUGGAUUCUCUUCAAUAUAAUUGCCAAAUGAAUACAGAAAAGAGGCGUCAUAAAUUUUUGGAUAGACUUAAACGGAUUAUAUUGCAGAAUCUUACAAUAGUUUUGAAAAACUGUGUAGUGAGGUACGAGCAAAUGGGACCUCCUUCUCUCAGUGCUACAAUACACUUACAGUAUCUUUCAUGUAUCACGACCAAUGCGAUGAGAGAGGUCUGUUUUGUCAAGGAUGAUACAUGUACAUUUUAUCGGAUUGUUUUGCUUCAAGGGCUUUCCUUUAUUCUAACUUCCUUGGAUUACACAGAUUUUUCUGGUCGAUCAUGGCGCAUGAUUCCAUUGGAGUCCAUUCCAUUUCUUUUACGAGACGUAAUAGAAAAGGAGGUGAAAAGUUUUGGCUACCUUCUAAAUCCCUUCUCAGCUGAGGCAUUUGGCGUUUUACAGUUUCAGUCUUCCAAUUUACAUAUUGAGGCACAUAUUUUAGUUUCUUGUAACAAAAUAAAUUUGAACUUUUCAAAACUAAAAGCACUAUUGGUGAUGGCUUCAUGUAUUGCUUCCUUACAGUUAUAUAGCAAGAAUGAAAAUAAAUUGAGACCAAUACAAAGACCAUCUCGUAACACACCUGGGAGUUGUGUCGCUUGGUGGAGUUAUACUACUCGUAGAAUUUUAUCAAAUAUACAAGGUUGUGUGAAAGAGACGUUGUUUCAUUGGACUACAUACCAGGACUGGAAGUGUCAUGCGGAAGAGUAUUACAAACACUAUCUUUUAACCCUGGGAGCCCCUUGGAUUUUUGGAGUCCAGCUAAAUACAAAAAUAUACCAGGAGGCAUUAGGUGCGUUUCCUAUCGAAUAUCUCAUUCAGGUUCGACAAGAAGCGAAGUUUGUGUUGGAACAGUAUCAUUUGACUGGUCGAGUUUUUCCUCGACACUAUGGCGAUAAAGUGUGUGAUAGGGGAGAUGGAUACAAGGUAUCAGUUGUGGAGGUGCUUAAAGGGCAAACCAGUGUUGCUCCACUACGUUUGAAAACUUCCAUUUCUCUUGUGGUACCUAAAUUGAUCCUUUCUCUAAAGGGAAACGAGAUGCUCUUCAAUCUCAAUUUGACUGAGAUUUGUAUUCGAUUAUCUUUAUUGGAUGUUGGUUUUCAUAUUGUUUUCUCUGCAUACUCAAUUCGAGCUUCGUCAGAAAUUGCAGAUUCUAAUGUUAUGGAUAUUCUCUAUAUUCUUGAUGAAUCCGAAACUAGGGAGGAACUUAUGAUAUCGUAUUUACGAAAUGGAGAGAAUAAAGAGCUUUCAGUGUUGCUGAAUUCUCUUGGAAUUCGAUAUGAUCAGUGGAUUGCUGAAAAGCUAAUUACUGAGCUUCACAUACUUGAGCAGGCAAAUUUAUUUGUUUCGUACACGUUUGCAGUUACCUCAGAGAAUAGUCUGAGUCAUCCACUGAAGACUCAAAUAAAAAUUCGAAAUGUGAUUUUGGGCAUAGGAAACUUUGAGGUGUCUGUAGAAGACCUAAUUUUUGAGGUUUCGUGGAGGUGCGCGCGUCUAUGCAUCAAUGAGGCUUCUCAUUCACCAUUUAUCAUUCUAACAAAUCUUAUUUCUUCCCUUUCAACGAUGUCGACCAUUUUUAUUGAGGAGUCUCACAUUUAUGGGGUUAUUUCUAGCUUUUAUGCAUUGAGAAAUGAGGUACAAGGUGUGAUGCUUAUCUACGACCAUAUUAUGCACUGGGUACAAGAAAAGGAUACCUUAGACGCCGCAAAAGUAAUAAACGGAUUUGAAUUUUUUUUGCCGUUCUUUAUUCUUGAAUUACCUGGAGCGUGUGCCCCUUUUAAAAUAAGACAUUUUAAGAUUUGUAUGACGCUAGCUACACCCUGGAGACUGAGGGCUAGUUGUACGACGAUGACAUGUGAUGGAGUAUUAAGUGAUACGACGAUGCAUUUAACUAUCUUUGGAGGAACUGCCAAUAAUGAAAAUUCUUUGAACGACGUUUUAAAAAAUUCAAAUAGUGAUAUAUUAGUAAUUGCGUUAUUUGAAGAGGGACAUGUUGUUCUUGAGGCUGGGAUUGCAGCUUUACUUGAAUUUUUGAACGAUCUCUUUUUUGUCGUGGUGUUUCCUGCUGAGAGAAAUGCACCUAUCUUUCGAAAUGAAAGCUUGAUGAGCCCCUCGCUUGAGGUUCACAUUUCAUGUAGUAACAUUUCCUUUGAUAUUCUUGGGGAAUCUUCUGGUCCUUGGACGUCUCCAUUUCGUUUGUACUGUAACGGCCCUGAGAGUCUUUUGGUGGAGUUAAAACGAUUUCCAGAUACGCGUAUGAGCACCACUCUUUCCUUCGCUCGUUGUUGUUCCUGCAGUGUGGAUAACCUUUCAUUGAUUUUUCCUUCGUUUUCUGACGCUGGAGUCUUACGGGUGGUUAUGAUUUGGCAACCACCUAUCGCUUUGGCAGGCGAAGAGCACUAUACCACACUUACGACAUCUAUAACGGUUGUGGAACGUUUUUUUACAGCUUAUUUCCCUGCAAUCAAUGCAUUUCUGCGUCAAUUUAGUCAACAGGGGUCAACAUUAUAUCGGUUGAGAAGUUUGGGGUCUAGAUUGCAUUUUGGUUUACGGACAUCGCAUGAGCAAGUGUAUGCUGUUCCAUUUUGGUCCCAUCGAACCAUUUUUAAGAUGGAAGCGAAGGAUACAUUGAUGCUGUAUUGUCCCUGGUACAAGAAGGAGUUGGAUGAUCUUUCUAGCAUGACUGAGGUUCAUAUAAGAAUAAGUAUUCCCUCCUGCAAAGUGGCAUGGUCUUUUGAUGGGUCUAAAGGGCAUAUGUUAACUGAAGCAUUCUUGAUAACAAGAUUGCCAAGAGUUAUGAAAUCAUCCUACAGUUUUGCUUCAACUGUGCGCCCUGGCAGUAAUACUCUAGCGAUAGAGAUACACCAUAAUGUGGCGUACGAUGCAGAGAUGCAGAGGGAAGCGUUUACGCUGGUGAUAAAAGGGCAAGACGUGAGCGAAGUGCCUCAGGUUUCCGAAGCCGUAAAUACCACAAAAUAUACACCCUGCGUCAACAGUAUGAAACCGUUUGUAAUUUCUAUUGAAGAGGCAUAUCACUUUAGUGCUAUUGUGAGUGCUGUGUUUGUGGCGUCUUUACCACAGCAAGUUUCUGUAGAGACAUACCCCAAGCGAGAGCGAUCGUUAAAACUAAAUAUUGCACCAUUUGUGGCGUAUUCUCCCCAUGCCUUCGAUGUGGCAUGCGUCUCAUGGGAGGGUAUAGAUGUCACGAUGGAAAAAGAUGGGACUUUUGAAGGAAACAUAGGGGCGAUGUCACUCUUGUACGAUGCGUCGUUGCGAGAAACUAAGCAUCAAGACAUGGCAACCUUGUGGGACUACCUCCAUACCGUGCAGAAUACUUUUGCUGUUGUGGAAAUUAUGGGAAAUUGUGAUACAGAAGGGAAUUUUAUAACUCUUAAAAAGACAUUUGAGGCGGAUACUGCCAUGUUAUGCAUUGGUGGUGUUUUCGUGCAUCUUACCGAGAAGAGACUACCGUUACUCUUGCAUCAAUUUCUGGACCUCCACAGAUUUCUCUCUACCGAUCUUCCACCUUUGCCUGCAUUGCCGCAAGAAACUGUUAUUGCUGCCCCCGAUAAGGCUCAUGCAUCCCUACUAAUUCAUCUUGCCAAGAUGCACCUUGGUUUUACGUGGAACAGUCUAAUGAGCGGCGUCUAUGAGGAGUUACAUUUGGCUCUUCGUGCGUUUACGUGGAGAACUGACGGAGCAUUAACUAUGGAGAAUGGUGGGGUUCAGUUGAAGUGGUUCAAUACAGCUCCACCUGUUGAGUCCAUGGGUCCCUGUGAUCUAUUGCUUCGGGAGGCUAGCGAAACUGUCCCGUUGAUUGAAGACGUUUCGAUGUCGACACAGGCAUCAAAUGUAGGGAGUCUUUGUGUGACAGUUUCACCCAUCCACAUGAAUUUAGCUUUUGAUACCUACUUGAGUCUUGCUGAGCUCGUAGGUUAUCAUCUGCGGCUUGAACUGGUAAACCCUGUGAAAGGGGCAUCUGAGGAGCUUCCCUUUGUAGAUGCUGCGGGUGAAGGUGUCUUGACUUUGGACAGCUCACUCUCAUUCACAUCCCCUUUGCCUUCAUCUGGGGCUGUGGACGUCUUCCCAUCUUUCAUUGGUACAGAGUCUGUUUUGCAGAGCCCUGCCAUGUCGCCUACCUGGCAAUUCACUUUGGAGUUGACGGAGGUGACACUUACGGUUGCCAAGGAACGGCGUCUGCACGGCGCUGGUAACGUAAACUCUAAGCCUUUGUGUUCGUUGUACCUAACAAAUGUUGUCUUUGGCCUUGUUCCUAACUUUGUCUCGUUUGUGUUACGUGAGGUGAACCUUUCUUGUGUCCGUGAGACGAGUGCUGUGACCAUUUCUGGGGUGCAGUUUAGCUCAUCGCGCGCCGCUGUCUCAGGGCAUUCUCUGCCUGAGAUGGUGUGUGUUGUGGAGUCGGUUGUCACCAGGAUUUUCACUCCCGAUCUGUUGACGUGUUUUGAUUGCCUCGUCAGGACUCCUGUAGAGGAGCUUGCAGAGCUUUACUGGGGAACGAUGCACCCAAGUGGGAGUGAUAGUCUCCGCCACGCUCAAACCGACAGCCGUGCUGGUGCUGGUGAUGGUAGCAGCAGUGGUGGUGGUAGCGGAAAGGGCAUAUACCGUAAACUGGAGGUUGUCACGGUGGAUACGCCUGUGUGGAAACUGAAAAGUGAUCUGGUGCUAGGCCGCAACGGUGGAACGGUGCUACAGUUCUCCAGCAUGAAUACCAACAAUAUCCACGUGGAGAUGCAAGGCCGCUCCAUUACCAUAGCGCCACCAUGGAACACGGAGGCUGAGAUUGUGAUGGUAGUGGACGCGGGGAUUUCCUUAACGUUUUCCAACGGCCGCUUUGUUCUACCUUCGGUUCUCUUGGAGCAGUUUCAACUACGGCGCCUGAAAGGUUUGGGUGAGGAGGCCCUGCUACUGCCGUUUCUGGCGCUAGGUGAGUGCAGCUAUAUUAGAUGCAUUAACGUUCGCUAUGCCACAACUGAGAGGUAUGAGUUGCACUGUCAUAAACCGCCGCCUUUACAAAGGGAUGGAGCGACUGGAACUGUGCAGUCUCACUGCUGGAAAUUGCGUGCGGGGAUUCGAUCCUUCGUGCUGCAUCUGUGUUCCCAGCGUGAAAAAGGUAGCGUGAGGGCGACAGUCGUUAUAGAAGCGAGGAUGCUUCUGCGUGGUGGAGCUAUUGAGCGAGGUGAGGUUGAUUUUGAGAAUCUCAGUGUUGUCACACGAUCUACAGCUUCGACCACCGACGCCGCCACCACCACCACCACCAUCAACAACAAUAGUAUGAGGGGUUGCGCGACGGAUAACGUUUUGAUUGCACCUGUUUCUGUUCACCUUUGCAUCUCGGAAGGGCGUCAGUUUGCGUUUGGUGUGGGGCGUAUUGUUGUGGAUGCGAUGGUGAGCGAGGUACUGCUGCUGAGUACGAUGGUGCGUGAGUUUACUUUUUUUGCACGGCAUGCCGCCUCAUUUUGGCAUUCGCCAAUGGAGCAGGCGUACAAGUUGCAGGUUGAGCGUGUCCUGGGUUGGAAGUUGAUGCGAGCCCGGGGAGGCAGCCACGCGAAGGGAGGUGAUGCUUGCCACAGGGACGAGUCUCAGAGUGAUGAGUCCCCCCACACGGUGCCUGCGUUUUCUCUGGCCGUGUUCCUGCCCUUUCUGGAGGUCACACUGAGCAAUGUCAAGUAUCCACUAGUGCAGCUGGCACUGUCGGAUAUCGUGUGGAAGGAGAACAUGUUUCUCACGAAUCGAAAAACAUUGCUGCAGAGCCAGCAGCUAUUUCUGCAGGCUUACGGUAAAGGUCGCUGGGACACGGUUAUCCCACCAAGGUCUGUGAUAUCGCUUGAGGCGGUUCGCUCUUGGUCAAGGCGAACGCGCACGGAGCAGAUCGAGCUCCAAUGUGAGGGGUUCGUGUUGCACCUCUCACACCUGUUGCUGUCCAAAAUGCUGCACGUUCAUCAUGAGUGCUCGGAGCUGUAUGCUAGAAUGCUUGAACACGCGCAUCAUGUUGGGGAACCGUCAUCGCCGCUAAGCUCUGCUAGCGUGUCAAAUCACGAUGUCACCGCCACACAUCGCUUUAUAAAUGUUUUUGAUGAUGUUUUUUACCUCUUUGUAGGAAAAGAUUUGGAACAUGGGGAAAUUGUGCCACUGCCCUCUUGCACUGCAGUAUACCUCACCUUGCCGUUUAAUAGUGCCGACACUGUCCGACUCUACCUCUACCCGCGGCAUUGCAUUGAACUGAACGAGCACGGCUGCCACAUCCGGAACAGUGAGGGGUUGCGUAGGGACAUGCAAUACUGUCACGUUGUGGCAAGCCAGUUGCAGUACGGCCGUGCCUUUGGUCUUGUGAUAGAUGAUUUGCUUGUGGUGAUGUCGUGCAUAGAGACAGACGGGGUGCAGACGGGUAUGACACCGUUGACGUCCGCGUACGCCAGAUACUGCCUUUGCAGUGACACUAAUGCGGCACCUCUGACCAUGACGGAUGCAGCAGCACCAGGGUCCCGGUUCACAAACGCGUCAAUGGCCUCUGUUAGGGAGGCAGAUGAGGUAGGCCUGGUGGUUGUCCGUCUUCAUUCCCAGCGAACCCUUUGCAAUGGCAUUGGGAUGGUGAUUGAGGUGCGGCAGUACCUUCUGGGUGACUCCGGGGAAACAGCGGCGAGUGAGGACUUCUGGAUUGUGCCUCCAAACGCGGAGUACCCUCUUCUUGGUCUAUGCAGCCGUGUGGAGCUUCGCCUCUCGUUGGAUGGUUAUGUGUAUUGUACGUCUUUCAGUACGCUCUCUCUUGAAAGUGGCGUCGUUUUGACGCUGCAGCCAAUUGGAGAUGCGGCGUCGUCUGCAGCUUGCCACAGUUUUUUACCGGUUUGCCUCUUCAUGGCGCUGCAGCGCUUUGCCGAGAGUGGGUCCGCUGUCAUCCACCUUUUACCCCGCAUGACGGUGAUCAAUCACAUUGGGGUCCCUGUGAAGCUGUCGCUUUGGCAGGAAGAGGGGAACAAACCGGAGCGGGGGGCGGCAACGGCGGAGGAGCUGCUGCAGCAUCGCGAUGCCAGUGUGAGCAGUAACUUGGCCGCUGCUGCUGUUGAUGGUCAAGGCUUUGUGGCGUCGUCGCGCUGGGGCGUUCGUUCCUCGCGGCGGCGUCUCAUACGAAUCGGAGGCCACAGAGCUCUUCCCCACCGAGGUGCUCUUCCCAUCUGCCACUGCUCCUACAGCGGGGGUCUCUUGCUGCAACUGAGCUUUACACAAACAGGUGGAGAAACACUGCAAACGAAGGGGACCGUGGAGGUGUGCAGCUCGCUUAAACGGAGAGUGGGGCGUGAGCCAUGCCUUGUGCGGAUGCGUGACUCCAGUGGGCAUUCCUUCUAUGUGCAAGUGGCUGUGCUGCACCGAGCGCUCGUAUUGUCGGUGGGGCACUGGGUGAUCAACCUCACAGAGUACCCUGUCUUACUCACCGACAGUUUUGUCUCACGCCGCCUCACGGCAGGGCAGCUGAUGCAUACUGGGAUUCCUCCCUCGCAGGGUGUGCCUUUCCUCAUUGGCUCGCAUCCAGCAGAAUUUACGCUGGCCUUCUUAAAACUGGCCCUGGAUGGGGAAUGGUCCGGUGGGAUUCAUACGCGGGUUGGGUCCCACGGCGUCGCGGAGUCACCGCGCAGCGUGGGGGGUGGUCUCACGCGAAGCUGCAACUACGUUGUCCAGUUUCCUCGUGUGCAAGAAGGGCGACCGGUGGUGCUGCUGCUCACCCCACGAUGGGUGUUUGUCAACAACACAAACCGACGUCUGAAGGUGCACUUUGCAUUUCCCGUCACGAAAGGACGUUACUCCUCAAAGAGGUUGCAUGCUGGUGAACACACGUCACCAACACCGCAAACAGCAGCGACAAAAGCAAAAGCAGAAGCAGAAGCAGCAGGAGAGACGACGGUGACUGAGACACAACCCCAGUCCUUUGUGACGCUGCGGCCCGGUGAUCAUCACUUUAGCUGCAUUGGCACAACCACGGGAAACAUGGUGUCGUUUCAGGACACGCUGGAGGAUUCCGCGCCGUCCAUUACCACCUUCUCGUACGACGAUGUGCGCCAUACAAACCUGGCCGAAUUCUACGAGGUGCAUCGCACGGCAUCCAUCUCCGUGGAUAGUCCUUGUCAUGCGGCCUUCAACUUGUGGGCCUCCCUGCGGCAACCGGAAGUGGUUCCAAGUGUUCUCUAUGGGUCGAGAACGACGACUCCAGCGUCGUACCUGUCAUCCCUCCAGUGCUCAGCGGAUAGUUCCCACUUCGGUGAGGACGUGGCUUUUGUCACAGGCCGAAUCAGCGUGACAGUGCAGCACAUUGAUAAUGUAUUGGCUGUUGUGAUUAACAGUAUUCAUGCCACCAACAUGGUGAUUCAGAAUCGUGCGCGCAACGAGACGCUUGCGGUGCGGCAAAAAGGAAGCCAGCGUCGCACCGUUAUUCCUCCCUGUCAGAAUCGUUUUUUUCUGUGGGAGGACUACCGCACCGAUCCUGUUGUUUUGCUUCACGUCAUUGGCCACAAAGGGGCGUGGUUUGAGGUGGACUUUUCCCGUGGUAACUGCCAGGUCCAGCGGCGACACACAUCCGACGCCACCGCAGACGUGCUUUCCCCGUUUAGUCUUCGUGCCUGCACCAGCACAAGCAACGCGCAGCAUGUAUCAAUUUUGUUCACUGAUGAAAGUGUCCCUCCACACGCCUCCUUUGAUGACGCGUGGCACACAAGUGUGGGUCACACGCUCUCGUUUCCCGCGCUAGAAUUGCUGUGGCUCACCGAAGAGCGGCCUGGCGGAGAGAAGCCACAUGCGUUGCUGGUGCUGCGAGAAUUGCAGGUACAAACCCUCGCAGCAGGCAACACCCACACCAUUUCCGUGAUGCUUAAGCGAGUGCAGGUUGUGGAUGUGCGCGAGCAGGCGGCUAUUGUGCUGCACCGCGCCAGCCCAGCAAGUCCGAACGCGGCAGAGGCAGUUACAAGUGGGGGGAUUUUAAGCUGGUUCUGGCGCGGUGAAGAGGUGCCUCAGCAGGACCUGCAGGCUGUGUAUACCGCCAUGAUUUCAGCUAGUGGUGUGACGCGCGUCACGGAGUUGUCGCUUGUUAUCGCCCCUCUUGCUGUGGACGUGUCAGACCAUUUCGUUGUGUCGGUCUGGCACGAGUACCGUGGACUCCUUUCGCUCUUUGCGGACAGCGGGGGCGGCGGCACGGCAGCGCUGGCCUCGACGGCGUUGGCGUCAAUGUGCAUGUCACGCCGCGAACUCUCACAGGGGCUGGUGACACGGUUGCACAGGAGUGGGCGAAGUCUCAGCGGGCCCACGGCUGGUGUGACGUCCGCCUCCGCCUCUACUGCAAUCACAACUGCAGCGCAUUCCAAUCAGCAUGAGACGCACGACGGGCCGGCGCUGUUGUUCAUUGAUCAGGCACGGUUUUCCCGUCUCACGGUGUUUCUAACCUUCAGCCGCCACAAACCCGACCCGCUGUGGGGACUGGUGGGGAUGUACACGCUGAUGAUCCCCAAACGGCUGCGGCAGAGGGAAUUUUCAUGGACGGCGCUUACUGUUAACAACAGUGCGACGACGUGGGGUUUGCUGCUCGCACAGGUGCAGCACUGGUUGAUGGAUGGGGCGUUGCACCAGUGGCCGAAGGUGACACAGCUUGGGACUAUCGUCGACAAGUUCAAAGGACAUCCCUACAAACGUGUGACGCUCGCCGACACACCCACACCGAUGCUCUCGGGUGUCGACAAAUUUAGCCACGAUGAUGACGAUGAUGAUUAG